AUGACCAACAGUCCAAAGACAAGCUUCAUGCGCGCCGUUCAGUGGGAGGGCGAACUUCGCCACAUGUCGGUGAACAUCAUCCCAAGACCCAAGCUUGUCGAUCCAGAAGAUGCAGUAGUACGUAUAACAACGUCUGCCAUCUGCGGUUCAGAUCUCCACAUCUACCACGGCCUUUUCGGAACAGAUGAGAAGUUUGGAGUUGGCCACGAAGGAGUCGGCAUCGUUGAGGAAGUUGGUCCUGCUGUUGACUUCCUCAAGCCUGGUGAUCGCGUGCUUAUCACAGGCUUUUCUGAAGAUGGGAACCUACUGCCCAAGACGGCACUGGUUCCGAAUGAUCUGGACAUUGUUGGUGUUGGUUUCGGUAGCUCUUUCAAUAGUGAGGGCGGUCUUCAAGCUGAAUAUGUUAGAAUACCUUGGGCGGACUCAUCACUUGCUAAGAUCCCACAUGGUCUCGAUGACAAGGAAUGGCUUCCACUGACGGACAUCUUCCCAACGGGCUGGACCGCUCUUACUCGUUCUGGCUUCCAACCUGGCGAUACAGUGGCCGUCUUUGGAGCCGGUGGUGUUGGCCUCAUGUGCGCCUACAGUGCAAUAAUUCGCGGAGCAUCUCUUGUCUAUGUAAUAGACCAUGUGCCUGCUCGCCUGGCACUGGCAGCAUCAAUUGGAGCACAGCCUAUCAACUUUACUCGCGGAGGGAAAGCCUCUGAACAGAUAUUGGCGCUACGUCCUGCAGGCGUCAACCGUGCUAUCGACUGCGUAGGCCAAUUCUGUCUCAACGAGAAUCUCAAGCCGCAACCCGACUUUAUCCUUCGGGAGGCUGUCAAGAUAGCCACGAACGGAGGCGGUCUUGGUAUCGCUGGCUUGUACCAGGCUGGUGGUCCCGAAGGAUACAAGUCUGAGAUCAACUUUGCGAUACCAGAACUUUGGAUCAAAAGCUUGCAGGUUGGAAGUGGACUGGUUGACAUUAAGGGAAACAUUCGUGGUCUGGUUGAUUUAGUCAGGAAUGGAAGAGCAAGGCCUGGGUUUGUCUUCUCCAACGAGUAUAGUCUUGAAGAGGCACCCUUGGCCUACCGUAGAUUUGAGCAGCAUCAGGAGACCAAAGUCAUGCUGAAGGGCGUUCGAAAGCAAGAAGAUGACGAGUUGUUUGAGAUACAGGUUGAUACAAAUGGUGUCACUGAUGCCAAUGGGGCUUGA